GUGAGGUGCUGAGGCUGAGGCCUAAAGGCGGCUCUAUCAUUCCUAGUGGCAUCCCGCUUGGGUGUAACUUCGUGUCGCAGUGCCGAUCGCUCUGCCUGGCGUUGGCCUCCUUGUCUCCUCAGCACUCACUCGGGAAGCGAGCCCCCUUAAAGGCAGCGGCGCUGGCAUGAUUUCUUUGUGGGCCGACUUUUAAUUUCUUACUCUCCUAAUAAGGAGGUCGGCUAGCGCCAGUGGAAAUCUUCAGGCUAUUUCUUUAAAAAAAAACAUUUGAAUUUUUAACAAUUUAAAAAAAAAACUCCCGUUGUGAAUCGCCUGUUGCCCCCCCCCCCCUCACUGGCGCACCCGGAUUGCUUCUGGCAACCGUGGAGGAAAUGGAGGCGAAAGCUCUGUGCAAAGGAGACGGCGCUUGCAAUGCGGUGACCCCCGAGCCUCACCGGCUGCGCGCAGUCGGGACCAGGGACCGCUCCACGAACCCCAGCCCCCGGGGAGAGGAGCCGGACACCAAUGGGGAGGAGUACGAGGAUUCGGAGGCUGAGCAGUAUCGGGAUGGCCGGAGCGAGGAGGUGGACUGGGAAACCAAGCUCCGGUCCUACACCUGGUGCAAGGAGUUCCUGGCUGGGUCCUGGAAGCUGAUCACAGUGGAGGAGUUCCAGAUCUCGGUCAUCAGUGGUGGCCUCAGUAACCUGUUGUAUCUCUGCUCACUGCCGGACCACGUGCUGAGUGUGGGGGAUGAACCUCGCCGGGUUCUGCUCCGUGUUUAUGGUGCCAUCUUACAGGGUGUGGAUUCUCUGAUACUAGAGAGUGUGAUGUUUGCUGUUUUGGCAGAACGUGCCUUGGGACCAAGAUUAUACGGAGUGUUUCCACAGGGGCGUCUGGAGCAGUACAUUCCAAGCCGUCGGCUGCUGACUGAAGAGUUGGCGUUUCCGGAUUUUUCUGCAGAAAUUGCUGUGAAGAUGUCUCGAUUCCAUGGAAUGGUCAUGCCCUUCAACAAAGAACCAAAGUGGCUGUUUGAGACUAUGGACAGGUAUCUCAAACAGAUAAUGGGGCUGACAUUCAUCAGAGAGACACAUGUGAAAAAGUUCAACAAGCUGAAGAGUUUCAACCUGCCAGCAGAGUUAGCAAGUUUAAGGUCACUGCUAGAAGCCACUUGGUCGCCGGUAGUUUUUUGCCACAAUGAUGUUCAGGAAGGUAACAUUCUCUAUUUGGCAGGCCAAGACUCCUCAUCCACAGAGAAACUGAUGCUGAUUGAUUUUGAGUACAGCAGUUAUAACUACAGGGGUUUUGAUAUUGGGAACCAUUUCUGUGAGUGGAUGUAUGACUACACUUAUGACCAGUGGCCGUUCUUCAAAGCCAGUAUGGAGAAGUAUCCCAACCGGCAGCAGCAGCUUCACUUUAUCCGACACUACCUAUCUGAAUACUCUGGCAACAAGGGAGACUCCAUGCAUGAGGACCAAACAAAGAUUGAAGAAGAGAUGAUCAUUGAGAUUAACAGGUAUGCCCUGGCCUCUCACUACCUGUGGGCGCUCUGGGCUAUUUUACAGGCGAAGAUUUCCAUUAUCGAGUUUGGUUACCUGGAUUAUGCCCUGUACAGACUGGAAGCCUACUUUGAACAGAAGAGAAUAUUCGCUUAACUCCUUGUAGAUGGGAAUCACCCGCAAACCUCAUACUUGAAUUUAAAAUGUUUCCAUUAUUCUUUCUUUGCUUUUUAAAAAAAAUACUGUACGUUUCAUUCACUCAGAAUUGGUCAGCGACCAUUUCACACCCGAUCAGUUUUACCUAUACGUCUCCUUCAGCCACAGACUAGCAUUCAAUUCAAAGUCCAAUCAGGUGUCGAGAUCAAUGAAUAUUUUUUAGACUAGAAAGGAAAAAUAUCUUUUCUAUAACUGCCCAAGGCCACAGCUGCUCUUCAAGGAUCCUUGGUGUGUUCCUAUGCUUGUGUAAUUUGUUUUUGUACUGCUUACCUCAAUCCUCCUUAUGCCCAUCAGUCUUCUAACUGGCAGAGAAGUACAGUUUAACAGGUUUUUUAAAAGUUGCAAUCUAUUGUUCAGAUUAAUUUUGAGCUGAUUGUAGUACUUUACUGGUGAAAUAUUAAUGGCAACACAUGACCAAUAUGGUUUGUGUUGGGCAGUCCCUGAGGGCUUUCUAAGAUUAACUGCUGCAUCACUCAUGUCCUUCUAAAGAUUCAUUUAAAAUGGAUUCUACUGUUGGUGACACAUAACCAUCCAGGUAUAUGAUAAAUAAGGAGAUUUUUAAUAAAACCACACCCUACAUAGUAGCAUGAUACCUUCAUAUUGUAUCUGAGUCAUACAAACUAGGAUGAUCUUUGCUUUAAGGCUUGGUGUCUGCUGAUUGAACUCGGAGGCGGGGGGGGGGGCGGUGGGGGGUGAUUUUCCCUUGGCCUAGGGAGAGUGGCAAUCAGCUGGCGUUCUCCUGAUCAUUGUCCGGUGCCCCCCUGGGUAAGCAAGAGGGGAAAUCAGCCCGGGUUCCUGCUUCUGAUCGCUGGUGAUCCAUAGGGAAUGACGAGGAAAGAUAAAAUUGGGCCUCUGAUAAACCCCUGAGUGGCCAAAUAUUCCACCAACACUUGCUAUCAGGGCUAAUGGGUGAAGAAGGAUAACAUGACUGGUGCCUGGAAAGCGACAUGAGAGAGGCCAGUGCUUGAACUAAAUAGAUAAAGCUGGAGUUAGAAAAGACACAACUGACCAGUUAGGGAGGUCUCCCCUGGGUUUAUUUUUUGAUGUGUGUGGCAGAUAACAGCCCAGCUGUCACUGCCUCUCAGUUUGUGCUGUCUUGGGGCCCACUGAUCCAGAGCCAGUACAAAAAGCUACUCCACUGGCCAGACUGCGUGUACAUGUGGGAUGCUAUCCUGGGCAGACUCUGUACGUGCAUGUGGGGUGCUCCCCUGGCCAGACAAUGUGCGUAUAGGGUGUUCCCCUGCCGGACUCUGUGUUGGCGUGAGUUUGUAGUUUGAUGACUGAAUUUGGAGAAUUGACUCACUGCUCAGUGAAUAAAAGGAUAUCAAGUCUGACAAGUGCAUAUUUCCAGUACUUGGCACUGGAGCUGUAUUGUUGUUAAUAUUUUCUUUAAUUAAUUUAUCCCCAUCUCUUUUUUCAUCCCGUUCAGUAAAUUGUUCUAGUCCUAGGGCUCCUAUUUCCAUGCAAUCCUGUAUGGUUUGUUGAUCGAUCUUCCCAUUUUAAUUGUCCUGUUGACAAACUACAGAGUUUUUUUUAGCUUAGUUAAUUUUGGAAGUAUACAUUUCUACACUCCAUAUAAUACAGGUUUAAAACUGUUGCAUCUUCUGUUGACCGAGUCCUUUCAGUAAUAUUUACUUUAAAGGGGUGAAAUUAAACUAAAUGAAGUUAGUCUUUCAAAGACAUAUAGAAUCCUAGCAUAGCAUAUCACAGAGGCUAUUCAACUUGUUUGAGUCUAUGCUUGGUCUUUCAAAGAGCAAUUGGGUUAGCCCUGUUCCUCUGCUCUUUCCCCAUGCCCUUGUAAUUUUUUCUCCAAGUACUUAUCCAGUUCUCUUUUGAAGGCUCUCGAAUCUGCUUCCAACAUGCAGUGCAUUCCAAAUCCUAACUAAUUGUGUUUAAAAAAAAAAAAAAAAUUCCUUAUGUCACCUUAAAUUUAUGUCCUCGGGUUAUUGACCUUUCAACCAUUGGAAAGGUUUCUCUUCAUUUAUUCUAUGUAAACUCUGAUCUUAAACACCUCCAAUUCUCUUGUUAGUCUUUUCAGCUGCAAGGAGAACAGCUUUGGGAUUCCCCAGUUUAUCUACCUGACUGGCUCAAGGAUGAGCAAUUACAUUCUAAUAAAACUAUAUCCUUCCCCCAAAACCAUGUCUGGUAGCCAUUGAAAGUCAAUUUGAUAAUAUCUGUCUCACCUUCCUAAUGUAGUAUAGAGUGAAGAGGCAGGUGGGAAGCUACAGUGGGACAGGAAGGUUGCUAUAAACUAGACUCACACAGCAUCAAAUACAUAGAUCAUGAAGUAAUAUUUAUUUGCUGAGAGACUAAGUCACUGAAUCCAUUCCUGAACAAGAACCAUGGACAAGUACCAAUUCUUUUAACAUCAGAGACUUUUGUGGGAACAAACAAAAGGCAAGAGCUGAGUACAGGGCAGACCAUUCCAUCCACCAAUAAUCGCUGGAAAAGAAAAAUCGAAUCAAACAUUUACCCUUCUGAAUCGGGCUGCUAUUUCUGAAAUAUUUGCAAUAGAUCAAUCUGUUUGAGUCUGUGUCUGUGAUAAAUUUUACGUUUAUCUUGAUUCAUGACUUCACCUUGUAAAUAAAAUGGGGCACUUCCUGUGUC